AUGACGUCCACGUUACAAAUUACAAACCUCACACAGGAGUGGGUUGAGAGUCUGCGGAGGUGGCACCUCGAAUUUUUUUUCAUCCCUACCAUAGUCGUCACCCUGGCCACCUUAUUCGCCAACCCCGUCCUCCUGACAUGCAUCUUUCUGUCCCGCGCCUUGCGACAGGAGACACGUUACCUGCUGGUGGCCAACACCCUGACAGCAGACAUGCUCUUCCUCAUCCUCAACCUGGCCACGGUGAUCUGUAACGCAGUGAGAGCUCAGAUUCCCUGGCUCGUCUGUGAGCUGGUCACAGCUGUCACUAUAACCGCCUACUGCUGUGCCAUCCUCACCGUCACCCUCAUGGUGGUCGACACCUACGCUGCUGUCCGCUGGCCUCUCCACUACCACGAAAUCCUUCCACCUGCCCGCACCCACCGCAUACUGCUGGGCGUGUGGGUGCUGGCAGCCGUGUACCCUUUCACCCUGGUGAUCAUGAUGGAGGUGGAGAGGGGAAAUCCCAAUGAAAAGGUGCCCGUCUGUCUGGUCCUCAUCUCACUCGGCUUCAUUCAGGUCCAGAACGUGAUGGGUAUCCACAUCUACUUCUUUGUAGCUGCCCUCAUCUGUGCUCUACUCAUUUUUUACUGCUAUAUUCGGCUCUACAUCGUAACAAGGACACAGGGCAUCUGGCAGAACCGCUUCUCCAGGGCCCGGGUCACCCUGCUGGCCCAUGGGAUUCUGCUCCUGCUCUACUUUGCCCCUGGCUUUGUUUUCACCCUGGAGCUCUUCCUGUUUCAGAGGAAAGACAUAAGUCAAGAUGUUCGUGUAUGGAUCAGCACAGUCAAUAUGUGUGUAUUUAUGUUGCUGCCCAGAGCGUUUGCUCCUUACCUCUAUGGGCUGAGGUACAGGGAGAUCUCUGAUACUCUAAUGCAGCUGCUGCAUCGACACAGGAGACUCGGCCUAACCACAGUAUCAUAA